AGUGACGACUUGACGUCUUAUCAGUUGCUUCACAUCGUCGCGUUGAAGCGGUUUAUUGGCGUAAAGGAAAUGGUUUCUCAAAGUAUGAGUAGUAAUCUUAAAGCCUAACAAAUAACGUGAGGUAUAAAUUCACAACUGCUAACAUAAGCUGUACAUUAUCAUAACUGAGUGUAGACAGAUCCCUAUAGUUAGUAUAGCCUAUAGGCCGCUACAAUGUCGGCUCAUAUGGCACCUUCUUUAACUGACCAGAAAAUUGCUGAAAGACUUAUCAUCCUAAAUGAUCGCUGCGUGGGAAUUAUGACCAGAAUUUACAAUAUUAAAAAGGCAUGCGGUGAUUCCAAAUCCAAGCCAUCAUUUUUAUCUGAGAAGACCCUGGAGCCAUGCAUAAAGCAAAUAGUGCGCAAGUUCCCAAACAUCGAUUCUAAAUUUGUAUCGGCACAUAAAGAAACUCUUCAGAAUGUACGGUUGGAUAUCAUGAAGUCACUCUCACUCUACUACUACACGUUUGUUGACCUGCUGGACCUCAAGGAUGCCAUUGGCGAGCUUCUUAACAUCAUGGACGCCUUGCACAUGGAAACAGUGCUUGAUAUAAGCAUCAGUUUUGAGCUCACUAAGAACUACUUGGACCUAAUCACCAACUAUGCCUCACUAAUGAUCAUCCUCUCAAGAGUGGAUGACAGGAAACCUGUACUAGGGCUCUUCAACAUUGCACAUGACCUUGUCAACAAUCAGGGAGAUCCAUCAUUUCCACGUCUGGGUCCAAUGAUCAUGGACUACGAGAACCCCCUUAAGAAACUACACGAGGAGUUCAACACUCACUCCAAACUAGUGUCUGCUGCCGUCAACUCCUUGCUUGUCCUCUACCCUCGCCGCAACAUGACGGCCGAACAGUGGAGAGCUGCCCAGAUGUUGAGCCUGGUGAGCACGCCCAACCAGCUCCUGAACCCCGCCCUCACCGACUUCCUGCCCUGCGAGUACCUCUCCCUUGACACUCUUGAACGGUGGCUCAUCUUUGGGAUGGUGCUGGCACCGCAGCAGCUGAUGCAGCACCAGGCCAGGGAGGUGUUUGUGCAAGCCCUCAACACCGGCUGGUGCAUCACUCUCUUCAGGGACGAAGUGCUGCACCACCACGCCGCCAUCCAGAGCUUCUUUGAGUCCCGCAAGGAGCUCGGCAAGCGCGCCUCUGAGGUCAAGGACAGCUACUCUCAGGCCGUCGUUGACGCCUGGAAGCUGCACCGCGAGCGCCGCAAGUUCCUGCGCUCAGCCCUGAAGGAGCUCUCCCUCAUCCUAACCGACCAGCCUGGCCUGCUGGGGCCUAAGAUCCUCUUCGUCCUCAUGGGUCUCUCCUUCGCCAGAGAUGAGGUGCUGUGGUUGCUGCGUCACCACGAUAACCUGCCGCAGCAGAAAGUUAAGAACGGAUGCAAGCAAGAAGAUCUGGUGGACAGACAUCUCCCUGAGCUGCUCUUCCAUAUGGAGGAACUGAGGGCGCUCGUGAAGAAGUACUGUCAGGUGCUGCAGCGCUACUACGUGCAGUACCUGAGUGGCUAUGACGCCAUCGCUCUAGCGCAGCUGCUGCAGAACCACCACAACCUGCCCGAGGCAGAGUCUACCAUCCUUACCGCCAUGUGCAGCGACCUCUCGCAGCUCAGCGUCAAACAGGUUGAAGAGGGUUGCGCUUUUGACUUCGCGGGACUGCGGCUGGACUGGUUUAGACUGCAGGUCUACUGCACGCGCGCAGCAGUGGAAGGCAGUAACAGUAACGGCAUCGUACUCAAGGAGAGGCGGGAGCUGCCAACCCUACUCAACCAGGUCGUCUUCCACACCAAGAUGAUCGACAACAUAGACGAGGUCGUCCUAGAGACCUCCGACCUCAGCAUCUUCUGUUUCUUCAGCAAGCAGUUCGAAGACAACUUCCACAUGUGCCUGGAGUUCCCAGCGCAGAACCGCUACAUCAUCGCCUUCCCCCUCAUCUGCUCCCACAUGCAGUCCUGCACGCACUCCGUCUGUCCUGAGGAGCGCUACCACAUCCGCGAGCGCAGUCUGUCUGUGGUGAACUUGUUCCUGGAGGAGAUGGCCAAGGAAGCCAAGAACAUUAUCACCAUCAUUUGUGAUGAGCAGUGCAACCUCGCCGACAAGUUGCUGCCAAAGCACAGCGUCCGGGCUCUCUUCAGCGGCAAGAAGAAAGAGAAGAAGAAGAAGAACGAAGUCGAGGAGCAGAAGCCUGGCCAUGAGAGCUACCGCCACUCCAGGGAGGACCUUACCACGAUGGACAAGCUGCACAUGGCGCUCACGGAGCUGUGCUUCGCCAUCAACUACUGCAGCCAAGUGCAGGUGUGGGAGUACACCUUCGCUCCCCGCGAGUACCUCUACCAGAACAUCGAGCAGCGGUUCGCUAAGGCCCUCGUCGGUAUGGUGAUGUACAAUCCAGAGACCUACGAGAUCGCCAAGCCGUCCGAGCUGCUCGUCUGCGUCAGGAGCUACAUGACCGUCUUGCAGAGCAUCGAAAACUACGUGCACCUGGACAUCACGCGAGUGUUCAACAACGUACUCCUGCAGCAGACGCAGCAGCAGGACAGUCAUGGCGAGAAGACCAUCACCGCUCUCUACAACUCAUGGUAUAGCGACGUGUUGCUGCGACGGGUGUCGUCGGGCCAGAUCGUGUACUCGAAGACUCAGCGCGCGUUCGUGUCGCUCACGUCGGAGGCGGUGCAGCACUUCUCUGCUGAGGAGUACAGCGAUGUUAACGAGAUGCGCGCCCUUGCAGAGCUUAUAGGACCGUACGGCAUGAGGGCUCUCAAUGAGAACCUCAUGUUCCAUAUCUCUAACCAGGUCUUAGAGCUCAAGAAACUGGUGGUGCUGAACAGAGACGUGCUGCUCUCCAUGCGCACCAACUUUGACAAGCCUGAACAAAUGAAGGAGCUCUUCAAGAAGCUGCAGUGCGUGGACAACGUGCUGUCACGCAUGCAGAUCAUCGGCGCCAUCCUGGGAUUCCGGCAGCUGGCGCGGGAGGCGCUCAAUGACGUCCUCGAGGCUAGGAUCCCCUUCCUUAUAUCCUCCAUCGCGGACUUCAGGCAUCAUGUGCCCAACGGCGACAAUAUGAUUGAAGGCAUACGAACGCAGUUGGUGGCAGAGAUGUCGUCUGCUGCGGGCUUCCCUUGCGACGUUGACCCUGCUCUUGUGACCAGCCUGAGGGCGCAAAAGUCUGAGUCUCCAGAAGAAGAGUUCAUCCUGACGUGUCUGCUGAUGGUGUUCGUGGCCGUGUCCAUCCCGCGCCUCGCACGCAGCGAGACCACCGUGUACAAGCCGCUGUACGCAGCGCACGCGAACAACUCGCACUGCAUCGCGCCCGCCGUCAACGCGCUCUUCGCUGCGCUCUUCACCGUCUGCGGCCGCGCGCAGGACAUCGAGGAGCGACUCAAGGAGUUCCUUGCUUUGGCUUCAUCCAGCCUGCUGCGCCUGGGCAAGGAGAACGACAAGGAAGUGGUGCGCAACCGCGACGCUACCUACAUCCUCCUGCAUCAGGUGUGUUACUGCCUACAUCCUCCUGCAUCAGGUGUGUUACUGCCUACAUCCUCCUGCAUCAGGUGUGUUACUACCUACAUCCUCCUGCAUCAGAUCGUGGAGGAGUCGCCGUUCCUGACGAUGGAUCUGCUGGAGGCUUGCUUCCCGUACGCCCUCAUCCGCAACGCCUACCACGCCGUGCACCGCGCCGGCAACCGCGAGUAGUGCGCAUGCGCCUCACUUGUUUAAUAACUUGUGUAUUCGUUACUGGACGAAGAAGUUGCCAGUUGUCGCACUGUCAUCUUAGAUGCUGCGCAUGCGCAUUGUACUCGCUUCUGUGCCCAAUAUUUUUCCACUUGUUAUAAUCGCUUCUUAUUGUCUGAAUAAAUGAUCCAUUCUCAUAUUUGUGAAUACGGUAGUCAUUCAUCAUUGUUCCGUUCAUUGCUGUAUCUACUAAACCUCGCUUAGUUCUGUGGAACUGAUGACAUCAUAUGUAUCUUCAUUCAUAGCUAGUCUCUCAAGUUGUUAGAACCAACGUCUGAAUGUGUACCGAGAACAAUAGUUUACUUAGAUUGCUGUAAGGAAACCAUUUUUCGCUAAUCUAUUUAGUCAUAUUUUGUGGUAUUAAUCGACGCGCUCACGCAGCCUUGUGAAGUAUUUCUACGUUGUAUUUGACUUUAUGAUGAAACUAGGAAUGCCAUCAUCAUCCUGGAAGAUGUUCUCUAGUAAAUUUUCUAAGCGUUGAAUCUCAGUGUUGAAUGCUGGACAAGUUACUAGUCUCUUCCACUGUUGCACACAUUAUGAGCUUUGUGUUGAUUUGAUCAAAAUUGUACUAUGAUUAGCCUAUAGAAAUUUUCAGCUUAUUGAAGGUUACUCCAACCGCCGCUCUAUUUUAUACUUGCCUGCCAAACUGUCGGAGUCACGCUGACAAAAAUAGCUCGGGGACGAGCAAGAAAAUUAACUGCUUAUUCAGUAUAUAUGUAUUCCUUCCUCCUUAUUUAAUAUGGACCUUCCAAUGGGUCGCGCUACUUAUUGUCUCAAAGGCUAUUUCCGAAGGCCUUUUUGAACGAGUGUCGACGUCAGGAUUAUAAACUUCAUGUUUAUCACUUAUUUGAUGGAACAAACAAGAGAUGUUUUGAUUGAAUUAUUUGAAUGAGGAAGUGAAGAUUAGGAUGAAGAGAAAGAGGGAGUGAACUUUUUUAUACGCUUUUGUUCAAGAUAGUGGCUAGGAAACUUGUAACGAUACGUGAUUUCCCGCAAACUUUAUGUAAUGUUUCACUUCUUCGUGAUGAAGUUUUUUGUAAAUGAAAUUGAGUGGAAGCGUGAUUGAGUGGAUGCUCUGUAACAUCACGAUUUCUCGAACGAACGAUGACACUACAACUUCCGACGAUUCUUCAAUUUUCAAUGUGAAUAGAACUUGAAAUGGUCCGAGAUCUUACGACGGUGCCAGUAUUCUAUAAAGUAACUAAUUUACUCUUAUUCCGCAAUUCUUUAUCCAAUAUCUCUCCCUUGUUGUCGACUUAUUCCGCCAAAUGGUAUGCGUAGUGUUCAUUGUAAGUUAGUAAGUUAAUAUUUUCUAGUUAUUAUCUUUCCUUCUUAUUUUACUGUUUCGUAUUUGCAUGUCGAUUUAUUCGCUGAGAAUCACAUUAUUUGAUUAUGUUUUAACGACGCAACACUUCAUCUGCUUUUUUUAACGUGCUAUACUUCCUCUUGCUUCUCUAUCUUAUUUUUAUUUAUAUUCUAAUUUUUAGAGGCUUUAGUUCCGUUCGCAAAAGGUGUGGCUUGAUUUUGGGUAACUUUUUUGCUUGCAUGGAAACGUGUAGAUUAAUGUCAUGACCUUUUGGCUUACUGUAAAGUGCACCGUAAUCAUUCAUAUAUUUUAGGUUAAUAUUUUAUGUAUGUACUUUUAAGUUAUUCACAAACUGUAAAUAGGAAGGAUGACCUCACCUUUACCGAGAUAAUCCCAGGGAUCGUCUAAUCGGAUAUUUUCCGUGACGAAUCGUUUAAAAAUCUCACGGGAAGUUAUAUCAUUACCGCUCCUGCGGUCUGGCAUAUUAAAUGCGAUCAUUCAUAAAUGUUGUCUCAUUGACAGAGUCCUGUCAACUGUGAGAAAACCUGUCUCUUUUUUAUAGGGGAUGGCGAUAUCCUUCAGUAAGAAAGGAUCCCAUUGAAAAAGAUGCCCUGCCCUCUAAAGUAUAUCGUUUUCCUUCUAAAUUAUAACACUUUCUUUUAUGAGACAAAUGUAACACGAAAUGUGUACCUCAAAUUAACAGAAGAGUUAUUCACGCUUUAAUGAGUUAUAUUGAUUUUUAUAUUUCAGUCCUCGUAUUUUUAUGUAUUAAUUUAAUUUUUUAGAUUACCUAGCGCUAUUCAGACAGUGAUGCUCGUAAAUGUUUGACUUUUUGUUACCACCCCUGACAACAUGUUCAGCGGCGUUAACCCAUUAAUUGACAAUUAGGUUUCGUUUUUAAGCUGAUUCAACGUGAAUCAGAAGGUGCUUUGCCAAAUGUCCAUUGAAAAGUUUCUAAUGUACGAAAGAUAAAAUUAGAUUGAAUAAUCUGAAGGUGGUUCAUACCAUUAUCAUUGAAACAUUGUUCCUGUUAUGCCUGUUACGUCAAUUAAAUCAUCCCAGUUUCCAGCUCAAUGCCUGUUUUUUUAAACUACCGUUAAUAUUACAAUAGAGAAAAAGCUUAUUAGAAAACAUGGCAAUCAUGUCACAAAUAACGUUCACUAAACUACUAAACAUAUCCUGCGCUGAAGUUUUAUUGACGUUCAUUACUCGUAUUAAGACCAUUUUAUUUUUGACCUUAUUAUUUCCUAAAUAAGUUCUAGGCUCAAUGUUAUCCGUGUAAAUAUCAUGCAGGUAUUCCCUUCUUCCAACAUCUGUAUUGAUGCUCGUGAAAUAAAUGUAUGAAAUAAAUGUGUCACAUCUUG